AUGCUGUUUCCUGCUCUCUCCUUCUCCCUUUCUUUCUUUCUUUCUUUAUAUUUGCCUAUUAAUCUUCUUUCAUGCUGUUUCCUGCUCUCUCCUUCUCCCUUUCUUUCUUUCUUUCUUUCUUUCUUUCUUUCUUUCUUUCUUUCUUUAUAUUCCCCUAUUAAUCUUCUUUCAUGCUGUUUCCUGCUCUAUCCUUCUCCUUUUCUUUCUUUAUUUCUUUCAUUCUUUCUUUCUAUUCACCUAUUAAUUUAUCUUCACGCUGUUUCCAGCUGUUUUCUUCUUCCUUUUUUUCUUCCUUCUUUUCUUUCCUUCUCCCUUUCUUUCUUUCUUUCUAUUCAACUAUUAAUUUAUUUUCAUCUUGUUUCCUGUUCUUUUCUUCUUACUUUCUUCCUUACGUUUUUCAUUCCUAUAAAACUCACCCUUCGUUUGUUCUUUAUUUACUUCUGCUUUUUCUGUCCAUUUCAUCUAUCUAUCUAUCUAUCUAUCUAUCUAUCUAUCUAUCUAUCUAUCUAUCUAUCUAUCUAUCUCUGUCGGUUCAUAUCUAUCUAUCUAUCUAUCUCACUCCGUUCAUAUCUAUCUAAAUAUUUUUAUUCCUUAAUUAUAUUUCUUUUUCUUUCCUAUUUCUUUUCUUUUCUUCCUUUUAUGCUUUACAUGAAACUAAUCUUUCUUUCUGUUUCUUUCUAUAUGUUUAUCUAUCUAUUUAUCGUCAUUCUUUUCCGUCCAUUUGAAACUUUUCUUUCUUUCUUUCUUUCUUUCUUUCUUUCUUUCUUUCUUUCGUUCGUUCGUUUUUAA